GACAGCUAUCCACAAUGCUAGGAUAACAGGAGAAGAGUACUGCUAGCCCCAGCGCUAGGCUAACAUGAGAUGACAGCUAGGCUGUAGCCUUAGAGCCAUAGCACUCCACUAGCCUUAAGUGCUCGGCAACGGCUAGCCUUCUGUUAGCCAUAGAGCACCGCUAGCAUGUGCUCUGCAGCACAUAACGAGCCAUAGUGCCGAAUGUGCUCAGCUAGUCCUAUCCUUAUGUUAGCCAUAGAGCACCGCUAGCAGGGAAGGACCAUGUACUGUGAAGGUCUUUUUAAAAUGUAUUUAAAACAACAACAAAAAAUGUAAUUCUCUGGGACCAAAGUGCUACUAUAUGAGUGACUGAAGACUGUAUCUCAGUACCUCUUGAGUGGCGGCUAUAUAGCUUUCCUAAUAGUGGUUUGAGGCAAGUUCCUCCUGAGCGGUGGCUAUAGGAUUGACUGGUCUGUCUGCAUUGUUGGGAGAGUGUUGAGGCUUUCGGUGGAUUCACAGUAGAGAUGAACACUGCCAGAGCCACCACACACUACCCCCGAUCCCACCUUCCCUAAAUUAUUGACACAUUGAAUAAACACACUGACAUCUACUUGGAGCUCUUUGUCUGUUUGUUGACGGGGUAAAAGUCAGUUGAUCGUAUCUUACAUUCUCAGAGUGAAUUUUACAGAUGAAAAAUAUGUGAUAGCAGUUCCAGGUCCAUUUGUGGUCUAUAGAGUUGCCUGCACAUAUCAAAACAUUGUAGGAGUCGAGUCCUACAGGCUGCAGUGCAGUUAGACCCCAUUUAAACACAGUCCUGUUACCUGCCUUAGAUGCACGCUCCAGUUCAGUGUCAACAUAAGUCCCAGACCAGGUUGUACACUCUACUGAUAUCAUAGAUUUGAGGGGCAGAGUAGCCAUUACUACUAAACAACCAUAGCAGGCAGAUAUCCGGAGUUAGUAAAAGGAACAUUUGUUUUAGGAAAGGUGAACUCUGCACUUUUACUGGUGUGUGCGUUUCUUUCUGCUUGAAUCCCUCGGCUAAACCAUAAUCCUACCGGUUUGUUCUGAAAUGGCAUUAUUUUUUGCUUGUCCUCAACAUUACAUUGUCCCUCUUUUUGUUUGUCCUCCACCGCGCUGGCCGUGGUGUCGCCUCUGGCCGGCAGGGAGCGCUGCUUCGCUGACAGCCUGACCCCAGUAUAUAAAAUAAACACAAAGUUUGUUCUGCGUUGUUUUUACGCAGGCGCAAAGCAUGCUGUUUGUCCAGUUUCUCUGGUUGACUUACCUGUGAGGUGGAGCAGCUUCGGUUCUUCGUGAGAGGAUUAAAUCAUAUCGACCACGGGUUUGGGUAAGCGCGUCCCGGGAGACUGUAACCUCAUUCCUCGGUAUAUGAGACUAUAGGGACACCCGCUGCGGAGCUGCUCGAGAUUUCUCCAGGAUUUCAGAAUCUGUGCAACAGCAGGUGCGCGAGCGAGGACAAACGGCGAGAGGAGACGAAGGGUGGGUGGGGGGGUGCUUCCGUAAGUGAGUACACUAUUGAAACAGAAUAAAUGAUUGGGAAAUUCAACUGGUUGCUUUUUAAUGCCAAAUUGUCGGGUCCUGCUUAAUUAUGCGGCUGGUGAUCACCACGGCUGCCGAAUUUCAGGAUUCAGCGGCAGCCUGAAGCCUCCGUGCCUGCGGUGAGGGACUCUUCGCCCCGGGGUGGUGGCAGUGGGACAAACGCCACACACAUUGUUUCCGUGGAGUAAGCCUCCCCGUGGACACCGAGCACGGUGCUCGCGCUGUGGGUAGAAUUAACAAUUGGAAAGAUGAUGGGCUUCCUACGCCGGACGUUCAGCCACCGCUCACGCAGACGGUUUCAGACAGCGGACGAGUGGGACGGGAAAAAAAGAGUGGGAACCGCGAACCCCGCGCUCCUCGCGCACCAGCAGCAGGUCGUCCACGCGCCCGCCGUGGUGACCGGGGGAGCGGCCGUGCACAUCCCAGCGGCUGGGACCGAGAAGGAUGCAAUCACCUGCCGCGUGCUGCUGCUGGAUGGGUCGGACCUUAACGUGGAUAUACCAAAAAGGUCAAAGGGCCAGGAGCUGUUUGACCAGAUCAGGUAUCAUCUGGACCUGGUGGAGGCUGACUACUUUGGACUGCAGUUCAUGGACCCAGAACAAGUCUCACACUGGCUGGAUGUGUCCAAGCCCAUAAAGAAACAGAUCAGAGAUGGUCCUCCAUACAGACUGUUUUUCAGGGUGAAGUUCUACUCCUCAGAGCCCAAUAACCUACAUGAGGAGUUCACCAGGUACCUGUUUGUGCUGCAGCUUCGACAAGACAUUCUGUCCGGCAAGUUGAAGUGUCCAUAUGAUGUCUCAGUAGACCUGGGGGCCUACUGCUUACAGAGUGAGCUGGGGGACUGUGCCUCAGAGCAUUCUCCUGAGCUGGUGUCAGAGUUUCGCUUCACACCCAAACAGAGUGAGACCAUGGAGGCAGACAUCUUUAACAAGUGGGUGGACCUAAGGGGUAAGGAUCCAUCCCAGGCAGAGACCAGCUUCCUCAACAAGUGUAAAUGGCUGGAGCUGUACGGAGUGGACAUGCACUUUGUCAAGGGAAGGGACGGAGCAGAGUACGCUCUGGGUCUGACUCCCACUGGCAUCCUGGUGUUUGAGGGCUCCACCAAGAUAGGCCUCUUCUUCUGGCCCAAGAUCACCCGCCUGGAUUUCAAAAAUCGACUCACCCUAGUGGUGACGGAGGACGAUGAUCAGGGGCGGGAGCAGGAGCACACAUUUGUGUUCCAGUUGGACAGUUCAAGACGUGUAAACACUUGUGGAAAUGUGCUGUGGAGAGCCACGCCUUCUUCCGGCUGCCAGCCCACAGCUGGGAAGGCCUCCAGCAGUGACUUCACACGCCUUGGUUCACGUUUCAGGUUCAGUGGAAAGACUGAGUACCAGGCGACCCACGGAGGAGGCUGA